AAAAUAUAUCUUACUAAAAAAAAUCUGCUAUUAGUUCCCAAAUUCCCUUCAUCCCUAGCUACACAGUUGAACAAAGGGCGAGGAUCUUCUUUCAGAGAAGCGUAACUGAACAAAAAGGAAUGGCAGAAGAAGAAGCCGUUCCGUUAAAACGCCAUAACCGGAAAGAGCUUCUUCUUCUGCAUGAAUGGGCAGAACUUGUGUUACCAUAUUUAACUCCUUCAGAACUCGCCAACGUCUCUAUGACCUGCACAACCCUUCGCCAACUCUCACACUCCAUCACUCUCCGCCGCUCCGAAGACGCUUCGAGAACCUUCGAGAACUUUCCAGUCCCAUUUCUCAACACCGUCGAUCCCUACCCUUACGCCCACUUCCUCUACACCCCUUCCCUCCUUCUCCCCUCCCCACUCCUCUCUCGCCAACCCUGGGGGGCCUCUUCCGUAAUUUCACCCUCCGCGCCCAUUCAGCUACGCGCUGAAUCGGUGAGUCUCGUCCACGCGUCCGGCUGCGACUGCGAAUCCUGUGCGGGCUCCGACUGUCCUUGUUUGGCCCUUGAUGAGCAGGAUGACGUGGGCCGUGAGUGUGGGCCGGGUUGCCGGUGUGGGCUCAAAUGUGGGAACCGGUUGACCCGGAAUGGGGUCGCGGUUCGGGUGAAGAUUGUGAGGGAUAAGAGGAAAGGGUGGGGUUUGUGUGCUGACCAGUUCAUUCGGAAAGGGGAAUUCGUGUUUGAGUACGCAGGUGAACUCUUAACUACCAAGGAAGCACAGAGGAGACAUCAAUAUUACGAUGAACUGGCUUUGCAGGGUCGUUUCUCUUCUGCUCUUUUAGUUGUAAGGGAACAUCUUCCUUCUGGAAAGGCAUGCUUGAGACUGAACAUCGAUGCAACAAGAAUAGGAAAUGUUGCACGGUUUGUUAAUCAUUCAUGUGAUGGUGGUAAUUUAAGCACAAAGCUAGUUAGAAGUUCAGGAGCUUUGUUUCCCCGGCUUUGCUUCUAUGCUUCAAAAGAUAUACAGGAAGAUGAAGAGCUUACUUUUAGCUAUGGUGAAAUCAGGAAAAGGCCUAAUGGAUUGCCAUGCUUUUGCAAUAGCCCCUCUUGCUUUGGAACAUUGCCCUCUGAAGACACCUGACACACAUUGCUGUUUUGGGUUGUGGCCGACGUAGAUUUUCAGGAAUUUUUAUUUUGGUUUUCAUGAGAUGGUGAGGGGCCUCAUUUUGGGGGAUGAAAUUGUAAGUAUUAUAGGACAGGGUUGUUUUUAUAAAUUUGACAAUCGUUUAACAAGCAUUGCAAGCCUGUUGGCUAUGAAUGGCAAAUGGGUCUUAUACCUAUUGAU